AUGCAAUUGUUAUCAUCCCCCGUUCAACAACAACCUUUAUUUACCAAUCUUUCAUACCACCUACACUACUACCAAAACCAACCACAACCACAAUUUGUUCAAACCCAAUUUCAACCCUUUCAACAACAACCUCCUCCGUGUUUUCAGCCUCAAACUUUCCAACAGCCACAACCAAGUUCACAACCAUCUCAAGUUCCAUUAUCGCAAUCUCAACCCGUAAACCUUGACGAUGAAGACGACGACGAACGGGUUCAAGAAACACAACCAAGUCGUAGAAGGCAAAAAAAAUCCAAAGAUUCAACAAAGAAGAAAAACACCCGAUGGACCGAGGAGGAGGAGGCGACUUUAGCUAAAGCUUGGAUUGCCAUAUCACAAGACGGGGAUUUCGCCAACGCGCAAUCGGGACAUAGCUUUUGGAAUCGUAUUUUAGACCACUUCCACGCGUUAUUGGGAAGGCAAACGAGCCGGACAUAUGAUUCAGUCAAUGCUAAAUGGCACGAUCUUAGAGCAACGUGUACCAAAUUUAACGGCGUAUUUGACAAUUUAAAAAAUAUGCAUCGAAGUGGUAGCAACGAUUUCAACAUUUUGUCAACGGCGUUGCACCAAUACAAAAUUACCAACAAUGGUAAACCUUUUGGCAACCAAAAAGCGUGGGAAGUUUGUCGCAAUGGCCCAAAAUGGGUCAUUUAUCCGGAAACGGCGCAUUCGGGAUCUACCACCGGUUCCAAUAAAAGGCCGAGAAUGUCCGAGUCGGAGAUCGGUGCUAACCUCGACCUCAAUGAUGAGUUCGACGCCACCGAGGGUGAGGGUCCAUCGGACGCCCAUCUUCGUCGACCACCGGGUAGGGACAAAGCGAGAAAGGGGGCUUCGUCUAGCGGAAAAUCAACCAACGAGGACGUGUUAGCGGAGAAAAUCGAAAAAACUCUACAUUUUUUAGAAAAAAAAUUUGAUUCAACGGAGGAGCAACGCCGGCGACAAUUGGCACUCACCAAUCUUCAAAUCGUAAACACAGUGCCGCAACCCAAUCUCGACCCGGAAAAUUUAAGGGUCUUUAUGAAAAUUCAACAAGAAGUUCUCGACCAAUAUCGCAACUAG